AUGAUGAAGUCUUGCUGUGGUAACAGGUUGCUGGGUGUUCUGCAAAACUGGAAGACGCUUGGCUGGAGGUUGUGCAGAAGUCAUUCCAGCCACAAGGCGCAAACUUUAGAAGUGUCACGGCUGGCCGUUUUGGAAUGCAACGCAGGCGCCGACCGUGCUGAACGCCGAGCCAGGUUCCUUCCGGUUUGGCGCUGGCUUUGCAGCAUUUAUCGCCACGCUGGCCUGCCUUCUGCAUCUCGCAGCCGCGCUUUUCGACCCCUUGCGCCCUCGAAAGCUUUGGUGUCCGUUGCCAGCUUUGAGGGGCUGGCCAUGUUCUCCGGCAUGUGA